GUCAGGAUGUCGCGUUAUGGCCGCUAUGGAGGCGAGACCAAGGUGUACGUGGGCAACCUGGGCACAGGCGCCGGCAAAGGCGAGCUGGAGAGAGCCUUCAGCUACUAUGGGCCGCUUAGAACCGUGUGGAUCGCCAGGAACCCACCGGGGUUCGCCUUCGUGGAGUUCGAAGACCCGCGGGAUGCCGAGGAUGCGGUCCGCGGACUGGAUGGGAAGGUGAUCUGCGGCUCCAGGGUCAGGGUGGAAGUGUCGACGGGCAUGCCCCGUCGCUCCCGUUACGACAGGCCUCCUGCGCGGCGCCCCUUCGACCCUAACGACAGAUGCUACGAGUGCGGGGAGAAAGGCCACUACGCAUACGACUGUCACCGCUACAGCCGCCGCAGGAGGAGCAGGUCCCGGUCUAGAUCUCGCUCCAGGUCCCGUGGCAGGAGGUAUUCUCGCUCCCGCAGCCGCAGUCGGGGUAGGAGGUCCAGGUCUGCUUCCUAUCGCAGGUCCCGCUCCAUUUCUCCUCGUAGGUCUCGGUCUGUGUCUCCUCGCCGGUCCCGCUCGGCUUCCCUGAAGAGAUCCAGGUAUUCCAGGUCUAGAUCAAGAUCCAGAUCUAGAUCCAGAUCUGUUACGUGGCCCCGUAGCAGUCACUCCAAAUCCCAAUCACCAUCUCCAAAGAGAAGUCGUUCUCCAUCGGGAAGCCCACCAAGGAGUGCAAGCCCUGAGAGAAUGGAUUGAAUUCCUGAAGUGGAUCCUUUAGGAAGAGAAUUAUUUUGCCUACAAGGGAUUUGGUGGUGUCUUUGUAAAUGUCAGAGUGUAGAUAGCAGAGUUUAUCGACUAAGAAACUGGGCAUGCUCUGGGGAGCCACUUACACCACUAGGCUAGCACAGGGGGUAGGGGGGUCUCGUUCUGGUAUGGAUGAACUCCCUGUGUGAGAUGCAACCCUGGGAUGUUUUUU